UUUUUUUUUUCUUUUUUGCUUUUUUUUUUUCUUACUACUCAACCUACUUCCAUACCUGCUAUUAACUCAAUCUGAUCCUCUUUCUCCUUUCUCACCCCUCUCUCCCUCUUUAUCGGUGCCCCUCCAUUGAUUUGCUUACUAUUGUGCCUUCCAUUCAAUCUUCUGUUGAUUCCGUCCUCGGAGCAUGAAUCGCGAGCUCGGCCUUGGAUUGUUGAAUUGAUCUCCGCUUCGAAGGCUGUCGUUUCGCUCCUCACGCACCGUGUCUGUGUGCUUGCUGGCUGACUUGGCCCCUCCGGAUCAACCCCGCCGCCAGAACGGAUUCAUGCAGACCAUGCCGCCCCGGGCAUCUCUGACCAGCUCUUUCUCUGUCACCGACGCCAACAAUGAAGUCGUCUGUCCCCUGAAGAAUAACGACGGUUCCAAUUGUCGGAAAAGAUGUCUGGGUGAGAAGCGCUACCGCUCCAUGCAGGAGCACAUCCGUCGGGCCCAUCCGAACCACUAUAUUCCGAAGCUCCCGGCUACGGAGGAGAGCUUUAUCUUGAUGGUCACUACCCCGCCGGACCAACGAGCUCACCUAUCGCCUCCCAAUUCCACGCCCUCGCGACGACGCAAUGACGUGGCAGACAGAGACAUCUAUGUGGCGGACGCCAGCUGCUCCCCCGCCACCCCGCGCGGUAUUGAUGAAACCCACCCCGCGGCUGCUACGGCGGCCGUCGCCCUCGCCCAGCUGCACCAUAACCGUUUAGCAUCUGACUGGGAUACAGAUAUGGAGACCCAUUCCGACAAUGAUAUUGGUCGAGACCGCAUGAGAACUUCAAUCGAACUCCCGUCGCUCAGGGAUCACCUCAAACAGGAAUCCCUGCCUCCGUUCGCGUCCCCCCGCCCGAGAGAACUCCUUCCGUCGAUCCUGAACCAUUCCCCGCCUGGUCGCUCCUCGACACUGCCUCCUAUCCAGAGAAGGGACAAAUUGCCGCGUCCUCGCAAGUCGUCAAUCACCGGAGCCAGGAAGCCCAAACACGAACGGAACAAGUCGAAGGAAUACCCACGGCGCCCCAGCCUGGGAGAUCGGAAGGCGUUAUCGGCCGAGCCGCAGACCGCAGCGUGGGCUCAGGGCAAACGCUGGGAGGACCUGAUCGAAGCGGCCACCUCCGCUACCGAGGCAGAUGAUGAACGGACUUCCGAGGUUGGCCGUUCUCCUACCAUUCCGCCGUUGAUAUCUCACAUCACAUCCGGUCAUCUAAACUCCAAGCAUCGCUCAUCGUUGCCGCCGGCAUUCCAAGGACUUCCACCCCCAACAUCGCAUCGGCCUUUCCCACCACACUCCUACGCGGCCUCUCCGUUGCACAAGUCCCUGACGCCACCGCCCUACGACACCUCGCGCAACCGCGACAGUGAUCUCGAGCCCUUCCCAUCCAUUGAGUCAUCCUUGGAUUCGGCGUCAACCACGUCCGGCAGAAACUUUGGGUUUUCGGCUCAUAUGCCCCCCUCGGUGAAUUCGGAUUCCAGCCCGGUGUUGAACAUGUUCCCAGCCUCGGCAUCGCAACGCCAGCAUCAUCGCUUUUCAAACCCGACGCCGGCAUCCUUCCGGAGCAAAGAAAUACAGAUCUACUGUGCCAGCUGCAAGCGGUCCUGGCCGCUGAACGAGUGCUUCGCUUGCACCGAGUGCAUCUGCGGAGUCUGCCGCGAAUGUGUGGUGACCUUCAUCGGCAGCCCUCCAACGUCAUUCCGAAAUGUGACGUCGAGCCCGGGCAGCGCCAUGUCUCACGGUCCCACGAGCUACCCCGGCCCUCGAGGAUGCCCGCGAUGCCGAACGGUGGGCGGCAAAUGGAAAUCAUUCCAGCUUGAUUUCAGGUGAAGUGCAUCGACCCGACGAAUUUCGCCCAACGAAUACGGCCAAUGCACCCACCAGUAGGAGCUAUGACAUGCGCCCUUCUGUUUUUUGUUUGGUUUUUCAGGAUUUUAUGUUUUUUACGGAAGUUACGAUUAAUGGCUUGA